UGCCAGAACUGAAAGAUCAACUAUCAGCUGUGAUUUUUACGAUCUACAGUAUUUCUGAUUUUCUGGAAAGCUUUCGGCUGGGUUGUAUUAGAAAACAUUUCCCGGCCUAGACUUUUCCUCUAAGCUUUUCCUGUUGUAAAAGUAACUAAAGAGUCUGUGACCCAAAGCAACUGUGAAACAAGUUCUGCAACUGUGAACCAAAUUGGUUGUUUUCUUGGUGUGUAACAAGACAGAAGAAAAGACAUUCCUGACAGAAGCUUAGAAGCCUGGAAAGUUGUGAAGGAAAAAAAAAAAUCCAGAGAUGGGAUUCUGUUGGAAGUUGCUGACUGGGAUCCAAAAAGAUGUAGAACAUGUCUUCCAGAAUGAAGACUCUCCACAGCCUGGGGAUAUGAUUCAGUUCCAGAUGUUUGGAUUCCAGCAUUGGGGUAUCUACGUAGGAAAUGGGGAAGUUGUGCAUUUUGCAUGGCCAGUUGUUCAAUUGUUUCCACCAAAAUUUAAGGUCUACAGAGAAAAAAUGAUGGAUGUCCCAGGAGCAAUGAAAUAUGCCGUGUGGAACAAAUUUGAUCGAGAUUACCCUCCCUUGGAUCCUAACCACGUGGUGGAUAGAGCUCUGCACAUGGUGGGCAAAGUCUUUAAAUACAGUAUUGCUCGUGCUAACUGUGAGCACUUCACCACGUUGUUGAGAUACAACGUUGCUCUGUCCGAACAGGCAGAAAGAUUUAACUUUACUGUAGAUCCAGAUUUCGAGAGGGAGAUUAGAAGAUACCUAUCUGAGAUUGAUGGUUGAAGUGGUGGAUGUCUUUAAAUCUUCCAGAGGCAGACUCCUUUAGCCUCACA